UUUCCCAUCUGGCAAGUUCACAUUCUGUAACGGUCAAUAAAUACACCAACAUUCACGUCCUAUGUCUUGUACAUUACCUCGUGUUCAAACCUUUACAAAGAAACAAAGUUUCUUAGGCUGACAAAAUGUUGACCUUUACUGCUCUUCUUAUUUGUCUUCCGGUCUUGACCUUGUGCCAAGGCCCUGACAUCGACAAAGUGGCCGGCGAAGUAUUUGCCAAAGCAGACUCCAACAGUGAUGGUAACGUGGUCAAAACAGAGAUGGAAAACUACUUCAUGAGUUUUGAUCGCAACAACGACAGUCGUAUCUCCAGACACGAGUACACUGAACGUAUCACAGAACAGUACGGCCAUGACCCUCAGCUGAACCACAUCCUUCACAACCUCUACGACCAGCUGGACAUCAACUCCGACAACCACGUGGACAAAGUGGACAUUGACGGUCUGUUUGCUGUGGCUGACACAGACAAGAAUAAUCAGGUGGCCAAGGCUGAGUUUACUACAUUUUUCUCAAAGGCUGUACAGGCUGCUACAGCUGGUUAGACUCGGACACGUGACCAUAACGUCGUCAAUGUAUAUCAUAUGAAAACCAUGUAUCCACCACAAAACCUUUUCGUAUAUUAAUAAAAUAAUGCAGUUGUAAAAAUA